AAAGUGGAGGUUCUGGAAGAUCCAGAGCGACAGAAGCUGUGGGCCCACGUUUCAGAAUCAGGACAUCGCUACUUGAUGAUGAAAUCCCGCAAAGUUGAUUCCAGAUCUGAUACCGUCUUAACGACAUCAGGUCUCAGUGUCUGCGCCAGACGUUCCUCUGGUGGUCACCAUCGUCGACGUGCUUCUAUUCGCGUGGCUCUUUACAAUCUCGUAAUCCUGGGUCAUUAUCGUCUUUCGACUAGACGCACGGUCUCAUGAUGAUUUUCAUAUCUAUAAAGACCGGCGUCACCGAUGUAUUGCUGAUAGUCAUCUUUUAGGGGAAGAAAUCACAACACUGCAUAGGUCCCAAUCUAUACAAGACUUUCAAGUUUCUACCUAAGCAUCACGAUGACUCCGUCCCAUUACUCUCCCCUCCGUUUCGUUCCCGCAUCUUCCGCCGACUCGUUAGACGUUAGCCUCCUAGAUAGCCAUAAGAGCUCUAAACCUCAAACUCGCGUCUCUUAUGGCCGUAGAAGAAGAAUAUCGAUCGCUGUCAUCAUUCCGGGCAUCCUUACUUUCGCUGCCACUGCCGGACUUGCAUCCUCACUAUUGGCAUGGCUUCUAUCCCGCCGCGUAAAAUCCCACAUACCCCGCGAAGAUCCGUACUUUCUAGAUGCUGUUGUUGCAAUAGAGGGAACAAGAGCGCCUCAAAGGCUCGACGAUGGUUCUUUGAAACUUGAUACGACAAUGUACGGUUUGGCUAUAUCAUCUCUUUCUGCCCAAUUGGUAGCUCUCACCGUACCAUUUCUUCUAGGUUUGCUUGGUUAUCGCCUGGCCUCAAUGUGGAUCCUUGCGCAAGAAAAAGUGCACACAAGGUCUAUGCCAACUGCAAUCCAGUAUGGACUGCUUGUCAAAUUAUGUGGAUCGGCGAACCUUUGCAGCGCAUACGAGACAGUGCAGUAUCUCAAGCGUGGGCGUGAAAGAAGAUCACAAGCUCCCCCUAGCUUGGUUUUCGCUUUGAUUAUCCUCAUUCUAGCCAUUGCUUUGAAUCACCUUCUAUCUGCCGCAGACUUAUGGCUUCACACUACCGCAAGUACCUUCGUCCACACCUCCAUAACCGAAAUUGCUGCAGAAUGGAUGCCCGCCGUGGGUACAAAGCUCAACCUCACUGCGUGUCCGGGUCCUACGGUAUCUAUACAUCAAAUGAGCUUGUCGACGGAUGGUCAAAAUUAUAGCAACUGUGCGCACUUUGCUGUCGAAUCCGCUUCAGCUCCUGUCAACCGAUGGGGUGACGUGGGUAUGAUCACUGAAGGACUUGCUGUCGUGGGGAACAGUAGUUCCACAUCAAGGACUGUCAUGAUCGACGACGUGGCAAUCCUUGUGCCCAGCACCAUGCCAGACAACGUCGACAACCUCACAUUCAAUUCUUUCGGGCUCGUCGCUCAUUGCCAGCCCGUGGUCAACUGUUUACUUGAUCCCAUGCAGUACGAUCCUGUCCCAAUACUCUACUGUCCUUCUUUCAAUCCUCCAUACAACAUUAGCAGCAUCGUUGACGGCUCAGCAACUAGCCGCAUUGAUAUGCUCAAUUUGACAAACAACGCUUUGUCGCUAGAUGGCGGUUACCCCCUUGAUUCUGUCCUGAACCCAUACGGAGCGCGCGUCAUCUUCUAUUGGUCUAACGAUAACGAUAAUAUCGCCUUUCCCGCAGACGAUACACCUGGAUGGUAUCAGAGAUCCCUGUUAGGAUCAUCGUAUUCAUAUUGGUACAUGAGUACAUGCAAUAUGACUGCGUACAAUGUUUCGCUUUCCUACAGUACUCUCAACGGAAGCAAUCAAUAUGCAUUUGUGGACGGACCCGUCGCAUCCAACUUCAACACCACAUCUGCUCUCUUUGCAGCUCUUGACUCCGCCUAUCAAGAAAAUCUGGUUGACUAUCUACAAAGCACCCUCGAGACUUCCUUCACCCUUCCCACAGACACAUUCAAUACAGUUCUCUCACGAAAUAUGUCUUACGCCGCAAUGGGCCUCGCGUCGCCUCUCCUUGAACGCGACGUGAGCGCCGGCGGCAAUGCUAUUCUCCUGAGGAGCGCCAGCAGGUAUCCUUUGGCGCCUCUCUCAACCGUGCUAGCCAUACUCUACACCUAUGCCCUUCUUACCCUCGUAAUAACCGCGUCCUCUGUCAUGCUAUCUUCCCGGGAGAUCGUAGUCACAAAGGACAGCGGGGAGAAGCACAGAAUCACAACCAUUGAACUCGUUCAGCUUCGACUUGCUAACCCGCUGGCGAGUAUUGCAGAACGAUUCAUAGAUCCCGCACAGCCCGAACUGUUGUUGGAAUCAUCGGCUGUCGACAUGUUCUACGAGCACCCACGGGCAGAGAAACUAGGAGUUGUAAUGGUGGAAGAUGAGGAACAGGAUGCAGAGGGUAUGAUCAGGAGAAGGCGGGGCCUCAGAGUUGAGAGCGUCGAGCGGAAGUUGACGAGACUCUCAGGCUCAACCUCCACAGUACCUAUCCAGAUUCAACCUACUCUUCCUGUGGACCUGUCCUCGUCCACUAUCCUGAUGGCCUUCUCUGCUGGACGAUGUGACGGCGAUGCAUUUUUGAAGGCGAGUCCUGUCAAGGUGAAGGCUCCGGAAGGCGAGGAGCGAGAAAAGGCUGUGGAGGCAAACACCCAGGAAAAUGAUCCACGAAGAAGGCGAAAGUUACUCGGUCUUGGGGAACGAAAGACGUUUCGGAGACAUUUGUGA